UCUCUCUCUCUCUCUCUCUCUCUCUCUGUUUCUCUCUCUCUCUCCCAACCUCUUCUUCUUAGGGCAAAACAAUGGCGGAUGUAGCCCAUCUGGAGAAAAUGGGUAGAGAGCUCGAGUGCCCCAUUUGCUGGAGCCUGUUGCGAUCUGCGGCAUCGAUCUCGUGCAAUCAUGUCUUCUGCAACUCGUGCAUUCUCGAGUCGAUGAAAACCGUCUCCAGCUGCCCGGUUUGCAAAGUUCCGUUUCGUCGUAGAGAAGUCCGUGCUGCUCCUCACAUGGAUAACUUGGUUAGCAUUUUCAAGAGCAUGGAGGUUGCAACAGGAACUAGCAUUUUGUCAACUCAAUUAGCUCCCGCAGCGAAAAAUACAGAUGGAGCAAAACAAGGUGAUGAAGAAAACAAUGUCGAUGCACCAGAAACCUCAGCGGCACACGAACGAAAAGAAAAGAAUAAGAAGAAACAAAAGCGACUGCGCAAAGCUAAUGCGCGGAAUCCUGUUUCUCGUCCAUCGACAGAGCCUUCUUUCCCUGCAAAGAAACGGAUUCAUGUCACACCAUUCCCCAUAUCUGAGACUCCAAAAAGGCCUAAAAAGGCCUUGAAGUUAGUACACUCAUGCAGUGAGCCCCAGGAUGAUGUUAAAACAGAUAACUGUGCAGUUGCACCUUAUGACAACAAGGGAAGUCCUUCUCUUUCACCCUUUUUCUGGCUGAGGGAAGAAGAUGAUGAAGAAAAUGCUGAGAGACCUAGUGUGCAGCAGACAAUAGAUACACCUCCAUCACAUAAUGCUCCUUGUUUUAGUGAUAUCAAAGAUUCAGACGAUGAGGCGCCCUGUAGUAUGACUCCAGAAAGCAAAGCCAAGGCUCAGGAAGCUUUUGACAGCGAAUUGUUUGAAUGGACUCAAAGGGCUUGCUCUCCUGAACUAUGUUCAACACCACGGAAAAAACUGACUAAAGGCAGGCAAAAACUUGAUCAGAUACAAGAGAGAGAUUGCCGAGGAAUCAUGGAGGUUGGAGAAUUAUGUGAUAAUGUUUGUCUUACAAAUGCUGAACCUAAAACGGUUGAUGCCAGAAAAGGAGGUUCAAAGAAUAGGAAGAGAAACAAUAUAACAAAGAAGAAGAGAGCGAAAUCAUCCAUUUGUGGAAAUACUCAUAAUAUAGCAAGUGAUGCCCACCAAGAAUUUACGAAUAAUCCUAGUGGAAUGCUUCAAAAUUCAAAUGAUGUACGCAAGGAUACUGAUAAAAGUAGUCCUCCAACAACAAGAGGAAAAUAUAUUCACAGCAGUAACCAUUUACUUGCGCACCAAAAUUUAAACUCUGGUGAAAUGCCAAUAACCCAUACAGAUCAGGCUUUGGCUGAACCAUCCGAUCAGCUUCCAGCUAUAUCAAUAGGAGUGAACGAUAAGAAUGGAGAGAAAGUGGAUUCAAACAUUCUGCUAAAAGCUCAAAAACGGAGUAAGACAAGCAGCUUGGAGAACCACAGAAAGCGAAUCAAGGAAACAUCUGAUGAUGUUAAAUAUGAAAUCACUGAAGGAAUUCCUACAGGAUCUGUCAGUAAGAGAAAAAUGGGCAGAAAAAAUACCACGAAGAUGAAAGCAGUACCAGAAUUUCUAGACGAUAAAAGUAAAGAUGGCAAAGAUUCUUGCAUUGCAACAGCUGCAAAAGGGACAAAGAUUGUAAAUAGACAGAAAUAUGACUCAAAAACAUGUGGAAGAACUGCAAGAGCUAAGCUUAUGAUUUCUCCUGCAACAAUGGACUCUGCUGUGUUACGAAACAAUGCAGUUAGUGAAAGAUCGGAUACAUUAGCUGUGAGAAAGCUUAAAAAGGAUGGGGAAAGUAUAGCAACUGAUUGUGUUCUGAAGAAAUGUGAAUAUACACCUGAAGUUGUCUGUGCUUUCUGCAAGUCUGCUGAUAUCACUGAGGAUUCUGGAGAGAUGAUGCAUUAUUUCAAUGGCAAACCAGUAGCUGCAGAUUAUAGUGGAGGGACCAAUGUCAUACACUCUCACAAGAACUGCACUGAAUGGGCUCCUGAUGUAUACUUUGAAGAUGAUUCGGCCAUCAAUCUUGCUGCUGAACUGGCAAGAAGUAGAAGGAUAAAAUGCAUUGUUUGUGGCAUUAAAGGGGCCGCUCUUGGAUGCUUUGAGAAAAGCUGUAGGAAGAGUUUCCACUACACCUGUGCUAAAUUGAUCCCAGAGUGCUGCUGGGAUAAUGAAAACUUUAUUAUGCUAUGCCCUCUGCAUUGGUCGUCUAAAUUGCCGAUUGAAACUUCUGAAGCCCAAAAGCAAAUCAAAAGAACUAGUUCAAAAGGGUCAAUAGCUCAAGUUCCAUCAGCAAGGGAUUCUGGUUAUGAUACAAGUAAUUUGUGGAGUUGGCCUUCUGGGUCUCCAUGCAAGUGGGUUCUUUGUUGUUCGGCUCUUUCUAAUAAAGAGAAGGAAAUUGUUUCUCAAUUCACGAAAAUGACUGGUGUGCCGCUCACGAAGACCUGGAGCCCAGCAGUAACUCAUGUUAUCACAUCAACAGAUGGUAGUGGGGCAUGCAAGAGAACCCUUAAGUUUUUGAUGGCCAUUCUUAAUGGGAAAUGGAUUGUAAAUAUCAACUGGAUUAGAGUUUGCAUGGAGGCUAUGGAACCAGUUGAUGAGGAGAAGUUCGAAAUUACUGUUGAUGUCCAUGGAAUUAGUGGCGGACCUAAAUUAGGAAGAUUGAAGGCCAUUAACAAGGAACCGAAACUCUUUAAUGGCCUCCGAUUCUAUUUCAGUGGAGACUUUGUGCUAUCCUACAGAGGCUAUCUGCAGGAUCUUGUUACUGCAGCAGGAGGAACUGUUCUACAAAGAAAACCCAUCUCAAGAGAUCAACAAAAAUUGUUGGAUGACUCUUCAUUAACCUUCAUCAUCUACAGCCUUGAGCAUCCAGAGAAGAGCAAUUCGAAUCGCGAUUCUGUCGUGUUUGAUCUUCGACGAGCCAAAGCUAAAGCUCUUGCUGAUGCUUGCAGCGGUAAAAUCGCAAGCAACACGUGGGUCAUAGACUCAAUAGCUGCUUGCAAGCUGCAGCCUCUAACUUGAAGAAUUGUCUAGCAGAGCUUAGCUUUAUCAAUUUAUGUCAAUUUACUAUGUUUUAUAUUAUAUGCGAAUGGAAAACCGUGAUAGAAAACUGUAUUAACUCAAUAACGAUGCGAGUUAUAUAUGUCAGUAAUAUUUUCUCAGACUUGGUUUACCGUGCAUCAGUAGUACAAAAAUAGAUAGCAAAAUAAUGUAUUCAAUAUGAUUGAUAUCCACACACGUCAUUGAACAUGCAAGAUAUUAAUGUGCAGAUGUCAUUGAACUGCAGAUUUUAAUAUGUAUCUACGACCGAAAUGUGCAAGUUCAAAUGCAACAAGGUUGAAAUGUACGUGGUAUACGCAAGUAGGGAUGCAAACGGAUCCGGGUUGGUGGAGCUCCUACUCUGAUCCGCUCCGACGGGGGCAGUAAAUGGAAGAAAAUAAACGGAUUCGGGGCAGGAAACGGAAUAAGUUUUACGAUCCGAGACGGAUUCGGGACAGGAAAC